CCGCAUUCCCAACGAGCGCGACAAAAGCACCUCGGCAGCUUUUUUAUUCGUUACCUUUUUUUUUAUUGAACAAUGUUUUUCUGUUCCUCUCGCUCCCGUUGCCUCGGGAGCGCAGCCGCCGCCGGGCUCGGUCCGGUUCCGCUCGGAGACGGGCGAUCGCCUUCCCUUUCCCGCAGACGGAUGGGGGGUUUGGGGUUUCUCUCCUUCCCCCCCUCCCUCCCGCUCCUCUCUCCCUCUUUUUCCCUUUCGCCUCCCUAAAUCAAGGUGCGGAGAUGCCAAGCGGUGAUGAAACGAGAAGAAAGCCAAUUGCUGGCCUGAGGUGGGGGAGAUCGCUGCUGGGAGUCCGCCCGCGACCACGGAGCGGGCGGUAAUUGCUGCAGACGGGGAGCGGGGGGCUGGGCGGAGGUGGCCAUGUAUAAAUAGUGUGAUCUCAAAUUGAAAGGCAUAAAUAACAGCGGGAGUGAGCUCACCCCGCACAGCCCAUCUUCCGCCGCACGCUGCGUGCGGGGAGCGCGGCCGAGGCCGGGGGAUCCGUGUGGAUAGCAGCGCGGGCAGCCAUGGAAGAACUCACGGCUUUUGUAUCCAAAUCUUUCGACCAGAAAAGCAAAGAGAGCGGCGGCGGCGGCGGCGGCGGCAACAAGAAGGAGACCAUCACGUACCGGGAAGUUUUGGAGAGUGGGUUGGCUCGCUCCAGGGAGCUUGGGAACUCCGAUUCGGCGCUGCCGGACAUGACCGAGGGCAGCAAUCAUUGCCCCGUGCACCUUUUCAAGGACCACGUAGAAAGCGACAAGGACAAGCUGAAGGAGUUUGCCGCGGGCAGGACGGCGGAAGGGAUCUAUGAGUGCAAGGAGAAGCGGGAGGACGUGAAGUCGGAGGACGAGGACGGCCAGACAAAGCUGAAACAAAGGAGAAGCAGAACCAAUUUCACACUAGAGCAGCUGAACGAGCUGGAAAGACUUUUUGAUGAGACUCACUACCCGGAUGCCUUCAUGCGGGAGGAACUAAGCCAGAGGCUGGGACUGUCUGAAGCUAGGGUGCAGGUCUGGUUCCAGAACAGGAGAGCCAAGUGCCGAAAGCAGGAGAACCAGAUGCACAAAGGUGUGAUCUUGGGCACCGCCAGCCACUUAGACGCCUGCAGAGUGGCCCCGUACGUCAAUAUGGGAGCCUUGAGGAUGCCUUUCCAACAGGUAGCAGCCCCGCUCUUACUGCCUGGCGUGGCCCACGCUCACCACCACCUCCACCCGCACCUGGCCCACGCGCCCUACCUGAUGUUCCCACCGCCGCCCUUCGGGCUGCCCAUCGCUUCCCUGGCUGAGUCCGCCUCUGCCGCCGCCGUGGUGGCCGCAGCAGCCAAGAGCAACAGCAAGAACUCCAGCAUCGCCGACCUGCGGCUGAAGGCCAAGAAGCACGCCGCGGCCCUGGGGCUCUGACACGCUCAGGCCGCUCGGCCUCACGCCGAUCCUUACGGCUGCACCGCGGUCCGGAGCGCCGCGUCGCAGCCCCGCUCCAAGUCAGCAGCGCCUCGGCCGCGGGGAGAGCUGCGCUGCGGGCCGCCCUGCCGCCCGCUCUCCGGUUUUCUUUCUUUCUUUCUUCCUUUCUUUCUUUUCUUUCUUUUUUUCCCCCCUUUUUUCUUUCCUUCGUUUUUACUUUCGAUGACUUUCCCCCCCUUUCCCUUCCCCACCCCACUCUCCAGCUCUUCCCGGCAGCCCCAUCCCACCGCUUUCCCAGAGAGGACUUUAGCGGCCCCGCGUCCCGCUCCGGCCACGCACCACCCCCGGCACCCCACGCAACCCAGAGACUCCGCGGAGGAGAAAGUAGGUGGGAGGAGAGGCAGACAGACAGACAGACAGAGAGGGGGACAGAGGAAAAUGGGAGAGGAAACCGUCUCUGAGUCACGUUAAGCCGUGAACGUGGGGGACGCUUCGGAUUUGUUGAGCCUGGCGAAAGUCGAUCGCUCCGUCAGCAUCCCGUCACCUGCUGCUGUCCCGUCAGUUUUUGCUACCUUGUGCAUGUGUCUAACUAAACACGUUUGGAAGAUCAGAAGUAUAUUAGAACGAAACGAAACAAAUAAUAAUGAUAAUAAAUAAUAAAUCCUUGGGGCUGGUCUCCAUUAAAGAUGACAUUUCUUUGUUGCCAACAGUAUUAUUUCACUGCCAUGAAUCUCUUCCAUCACUGAGGAGCUGCUGCUGCAGAACUGGUUUGAAUUUAGAUGUGGAAUUUCGGAUUUGAGGCAAGGCAGUUUGUUUUUUUUCUUUUUUUUUUCUUUUUUUUUUUCCUUUUUUUUCCUAUUUUUUUUCCUUUUCUUUCCUAUUAAAGAAAAAAGCAGCAAUAAAAUAAAAAAAAAGUGCGUCUCAAAUGGCCAUGUCCUUUGAAAGGAAAAAACAAACAAACAAACAAAAAAACCCAAGCAGAAAAGCAGAGAGAGACUAGAAUGUACCAAUCCUUAUUGAUAACCUGGAAGAUGGUAACAAUAGGAAAUGCACCUGUUUUGCCAGUGUUACCUGAACUCAAAGAGAUGUGUUGUGCCAUAGAAACAGGUCAUUUUUUUUUCUGACUUUAUUAUAAUUCUUUUUAUUAUAAUUAUUAUUAUUAUUAUUUUUUUUCUGAAGGUCUGGAUCGUUUAAUUGAAAUGUUGCUGUCUUACAGGAUGUAGAAAGAAUGACUUACACGAUAAAGACGGACAUACGGUUUUAAGGCAUAAUACUGAUGCAGCAUUAAUUUUAGUGAAAUGCAAUUAAGUGCAGUAAAGUGCAAUACUGUAAAUAUUAUAGAUUAAAAGAAGAAAAAAAUAGCCGUACUUAUUCUGUUAAUAACCGAUUCUGCAAGAACCAUAACUUAAGUCCUUUAUGCUCAGACUGGUGCAUUGCAGCUCCUUGCCAAAAUGACGGUCUGAGUCUCCUAUGAAUGGUUAAAGUUAUAUGUAUCGCAUUUGGGAAAAGGUAGAUGCCAUGAUUUCUAGUUGAGUUAAUGUGCCAUAUUUCUGGGAAGUAAGCUGAAAAGUCUGUAUGAUGUUUUUGCAAUCAGUCUUAAGUAAAGAAAAAAAAGCAAACCCACAGAAGUGUUUUGUAGAGGUGGACAAGUUCAAUAUUUGGCCAUUUAAAACAUUUGCCUGUGAUUUAGAUACCGAACCUUAAGCUAACGCUUAAACAAACUAACUAAUAUAAAUCCAGAAACGAUGGAGAGUAUGAAAAUCCUUUAAAUUAUGUUACCAAAGCAUCUGGGUUUACUGGCCUCCUCUCUCCCUUUCUUCCACACUUCUACUUUUUAUGCUAUUUGCUUCUGGUCAGUUUAUUACAACUUUUCUUCUUCUUCUUCUUCUUUUUUUUUUUUUUUUCCUUUGUUUUUUGGGUUGUUGGUUUUUAUUUUAUGGGGAGGAGAGAGGAAGGUACAAAUACUGGUCUUGUCUACAUCUAACAAGACAGCUAUUUGUUGCUUUUGUUAUCAAGGCCUCCAUUGAUGAGUGGUUAUCCUCUCAACAGUACUGUUAUUAAGCCUGCUUUUUAGAUCUCGUUUAGUGAUACAUUAAUAGUUUGGGCUUUUGCUGAUAUUUAUCGCAUCCAAAUAUUACUGUAGGGCGAAAAAAAAAACCAAAAACAUGCUGUAGAUAAAUUUUAGACACUUGUCUUUUUAUUUUUUUCCCUCCUUCAAGUUUUGAUAUUUUCUAGCAAGCGAAAUUUCAGAAGUGUCAAGUUUGUGCUAUUUCCCUUCAAUUUAUUAUGUGAGAAGUAGUCAUACUUUGGAUUAGCUGGAGCUGAGAAAUGUUACCUGCCUUUUCUACCUCUGUGAAAGCCCAGUACCUUUUUGAAACAAGACCAAUAUAUUAAGAUAGCGUUACACUUUGCUGAGAAAUAUGGACAAAAAUCUCAGUCAAUUAACAUUUUCUUAUUGAAAGAAAACAUUUCCUUGAAAGAAAAACAUUAUUCAUGAUGAUAUAUGAGUUUCUGGCUAAAAAGGGAAAUAUUCAGAAUGGCUCCAGCAUUUCUAACAUGUGCAUAUUUAAAAUAAAGCUUACUAUAGAGAUGUUUUAAGCUGUAACAGGCAACUUGUUAUACUGAAUACCCACAGCCACAGAAGGAGAACUUGAUGCAAAGUGAUGAAGACCAAAAACUUCCAAUUUGGUGAACUAAUUCUUAUCUCUACCUGUGAUUUCCCUUUCAAGUCCUCUUUUGAGAAUUUGUGUUUUUUUUUUUAGUCCUGUGCUGGACUUUCACAAAGGAGUAAUUUUUCACCCCUGAGCGGCUCUCCCGAAUAAACUCAUCUAAAGUGAUAGGAUUGGGGUCUGAAUUUUCCUGGACAUUUUCUAAGUGAGGCUGUCCAAUGCUACCAAUCUCACAGUAGUACAGCAUGCAUGUGCUGUAUGCAUUCCUCGCACAUUGGCAGGAACCACUGUUCCACUUUUGCUAUGUUUUACUGUAAGUACCUACACAGCAGAAAUUUUUGUAGUCUUCUCAGAAAUUUUAUUGCAUAGAUUCCUUCUUGUAUUCAAAAAACGUUGGUACUGUGAAUGCAGUUCCCUGUAAACAAAAAAUAAGGGAGGUAAUGACUUGUUGGACAUCUUAACAGAAUGAAAUAUUCUUGGUUUCUCUGAGUAGCUAAGACUUGUUAACGAAUGUCUCAAGAACAGCCUUGGUUUCCAUUGCAGAUGGGAGAAAGGUGGCAAGAGUACCUCCUUGUUUUGAAGGAGGUACUGUAGAUCUACUUGGGUUGAGAGGCAGGAUGUUGUUGAGAAGCUACCAACUGGUACUCUGUGUCACUCUUGCAUUGCACUUAAGAUGUAACGAAGUGAAAAGGGUGUGCUGUAGACAAAAUCCAUUUCUGCUUUCCUUAUUUCUAGAAGGAGUCAGUUGCAUCAGUGGUGGUAUAAAAACUUUGAAGUGCACGACCAUUUCUUGUCAUCUGUAAGCCACUGGGAAGGAAUGAGAAGUCCUACCAGCGCUACUAUGUACAGGGCUGUACUUUUCAUUAAAUGUAAAUCACUGUGGCUCCAUUUACCAUGUGGAGCUCCAGUGAUCCAUACAGGAUUAGAAUCCAAAGUGUCUACUCCAUCUCUGUUAACACAUGGUCUUCUCUUUGUGUUUCUUUAACUAUUUUUCUUAAGGAGGUUGAAGAAAAGAUUGCUGAGGUCCUGAGGUGCUUAUUAAAACUAUUGUAACUGUAUUAGAUUCUCAGGCAUGCCAAGUUUCAUUUAUGGUCUGUCAUCAUCCAGAGUGAUCUUUGUGUUAUCCUUUACUGAGAAGUGUAAGAUUUUAAGAUCACCCAAACGGCAGGCACUGGGCAGAAUUCUUGUGGAGACCUUCAUUUAGAGUGUGUGGAUUUCUAAAGAAUCUUCCUCAAAAGUUUGGUCUGGUGUUUUGAGAAAUAACUUGAAUGGCUGCCAAAUGAAUGAUGCUGUUUGUAAACAAGUCUAUAAAAAAGACUUUUUGCAUUACGUGGGCCUCUUUAGAAUGAAAAAAACCUCUGAUCUUUUGGAACUAUUGAAUAGGCUGAAGUACUUCAUCCAUUCGUAUUGAAAUUGCAAGCUGACUCCAUGGUUCAUUUUUAUUGACUUGAAAAUGUGUGAAAAAAUUAUACUAUUUUUUUUUUCUUUCUUUCUUUUUUUUUUUUUGGCUUAGUAGGGUCAUAUAGAUGUAGUGACAUUUUGGUUAAUAUCAUAAUACUUAGCAUUUAUAUAAUGUUUAUUUGCAAAGCACUGCAUAAAUGUUUAUUAUUUAAUCCUCUCCCAUUAUGAAGUAGGUAAGAAUUAUUAUCCCCCUUGUUGUAGAAAUGAAGGCAUAUAAAUUAAGAUCCAGGUUCCAUCUCCCAAUAGACAGCACUGCAUAUUUCUGUUUUUGUAGCACAGCAGCAUCUGGAUCAUACUCUGACGAGAAACUUGUGGUGUUAGACACCUUUCAGAUCAGUAACUAGCAGAGGCCCAGCUCCAAGAAAUUUGAACUCUGUACCUGGCUUUGUCAGAAGUCUUAAAGAGAACAUCAAACAUGAUUCAGAGUGGCAGCAUGCACUUGUGUGCUGUCUCCACAGAACAUGAGGAUGCUGCCUGAUCCUCUGACCUUGUAUGUCAAUGGGAUUUUUGUUUAUGACUCAGUGGGGUCAAGUUGUGGUGGUGCUAAGGCUAGAACUAAAAAUCUGAGCUCCCAACAGCAUGCAUAGAUCACUAGAAAGCCCCACAUUUCCAGCUUCUCCCACAGUAUAUUUUUCACACAGACCAAGUGUGCCGAUGCCAAUUCUUUGCAUGCUUUAUCUGUUAUGUCUUUUAAUUUGAUGUUUGCUAUAAAAUAAUGAUAAGACAGAUUUUGGAUUGGCAUAACACUGACACAUUGAGACUGGUGACUCAAUAAAAUAGACAUGUAGUCCUAAGGAAAUACAGAUCCUUGAUGGAAACACAGGUUCCAUUUUUUUAUUAUUAUUAUUUUUUUGUGCAUGACAAAAAAAUAUGAAUGUUUUCUUUUAAAUGUGCUAGG